UUUCGAUCUUAUUGUUAUUAUUGGUGCCGAUUUAUUGGUUUCGACUCCUUAUUGGUUUUGUCUUAUUGUUAGAAAUGUUUUAUCAACACCAACAGCAAAAUCCUCAACCAACAACAUUGGAAGCUAAUGCUUAUCCAUCGCAAUAUUGUCAAAAUCAACAACCUGAAUCACAAUUAAACCAACAACCAAUAGGACCAACAGAAAUAGUGUUCCCUCAAUUACUGCCACAGGCAUCAAAUUUUGAUUCAGACAUAUUACAGCAGCAGUCUUGUUCUGCUUCGAAUCAAAUUGUUCAAUUGGAAACCGAAAAAAAUAGUUGUGACCAAGAAUUAACAGGAUUAACCGGGCGUCGGAAUUCUACUAAUGCUACAGAGUCUACUAUUGGAGAGUCGGCUAGCAUAAAUGACAAUAUUCUACCUGCUGAGCAAUCAAUAUGGGUUAUGAGGGAGUCCUAUCUGAAAAGGCGCGAACGUGAUGAACAAAAGCGGCUUGAACCUGAUUUUUCUGAACAAUCGGUACCGAUUUGUUUAACAGAAACUGAAGAUGCAGUAAAAAGCGUACAAUAUGAUGACGAUGAAACUGAUAGGCUUUUAGCUACGGAAUCAACCCAAGAAUGCAAAAAUAAACAUGAUGUUGGAACAAGUGGCGAAGAAGCAACCGAUAAUUCUAAUGGAUUAGCAAGUCGGAAGGGCAGCAAAAAAGAAGUAAUUAUUCAUGAACCUGCGGUGCUUAUAGAGGGCGUUCUUUUCCGAGCACGAUAUCUUGGUUCAACUCAAAUGAGUUCUGACGGACGGACCACAAAAAGUUCGAGAAUGGCGCAGGCCCAGGAGGCGGCACCUGAAGGAGAACCUCAACCAAGCACUGAAAUAGACUUGUUUAUCUCAACUGAAAAGAUAAUGGUUUUGAACACAGAUCUUCAGGUUUGUUUUAUGUUAAUUUUCCAAUUUGCAAUGCUUGUAGUUUUGCCAAAUAAAUUCCGCCCUGUAUAAUCUAAAUUGUUUUCCUUAACACAUUUCAAAUGUUCCCCUAUUUUGUUAAAUCGCAUCUAUAAUUUCGCUGUUGUUUUCCUUAU